GUUUGUGUAUGUGGGGGGAGAAGAUCAUUGCCCAAUGGCCUGCUGCCUUUAUAAAAACCCCACCAUUGUGUGCAUAUUCUAACAACUCGAGUCGGUGAAAGAAGGAGACUUUUAGAGAGAGAGAGAGAGAGAGAGAGAGAAGGGGAUGGGAAAUGUAGGAGAAAUUGAGGAAAUAGAGAAGUGGGUUUCUCCAAGAACAUUGCCAAUUCUGUCAUUGAAUCAUGUCUCAUUUGUUUGCAAGUCUGUUCCUGAAUCUGUCAGAUUCUAUGAGGAUGUUUUAGGAUUUGUACUCAUCAAAAGGCCUUCUUCUUUCAAAUUUGAAGGAGCUUGGUUGUUCAACUAUGGAGUAGGCAUCCAUUUGCUUGAAUCAGAAAAAGUCCUACCAAAGAAAGGUGCAAUCAAUCCAAAAGACAAUCACAUUUCCUUCCAAUGCUCAGACAUGGAUUUUGUUGUUAAAAAGCUUGAGGAGAAGAACAUUGAGUAUGUGACAGCAGUUGUGGAAGAGGCUGGUAUUACAGUUGAUCAGCUCUUCUUCCAUGACCCAGAUGGCUACAUGGUUGAGAUUUGCAAUUGUCAUGUUCUUCCGGUUCUUCCGCUUUCUUCAUGCCCUCUCCAGCUUCCUAAAGCCAAUGGGAACCUUAUGUCACCAACAUAUUAUGGGAAGACAAGAUGGGGGAUGGGUUGCUCCGGAGGAGUAGCUUCCCUGAUGAUGGAGAACUUGGUGGUGGACUUGCUGGACAUUUCGAUCUAAUGGGUUGAAAAGAGAUUGAUCAAUGCAAGUUCUGAUCUGCCACUCAAACAAAAUUGUUGUGUAUACAUUGUGUAAACAGAAGAUUGAAAGCUUUGUAAUGUGAGAAAAAUGAGUUGUGGGGGUGGGGGUAGGGGGUGGUGUUCAGCUUUUGGUUUUAGUUGUGAGAGUUUCAUUGGUUCCAUUGAAAAAACAGUGUUGCUUCUUAAAUUGGUUUGAUUGUGGAAAAUCUGUGUCAUUCUUUUUUCAUAUAUUUACUAGUAGUCUUUUUUAUUUUUCAUUUGUUUUC